UAUACCAGUGUAUCUUUUUGAUGACUUGAAAGUGUUCUGGUGCACGUGCGAGCGAUCCCCGAGCGGAUUUGACUCCAUAAACUCCAUUAUGGAAUUGCUGGCAUUUUUGCGCCAUAUGCCAUGUUUGAUAAUCUGCAGUAUUUUAUCUUCUAAUAGCCGUGUUGCUGCAAACACAGACAUCCCAGUCAUCAACCACUGGUCGUACCCAGUAGAAGGCCCGGCCACUGGUAUCCUUCUAAUCCAUGAAGGGAACCGGUCAUCGCUGGUGCAAGACAGAUGCAACAGGGAUACGCUUCUGUACCUAAGGGGAAGUGCAUAUCUGACAAGAGAUGGCUUCGGCUCUGCCUCGGACCCUCUGCGUGUCCCAUCACAACUCCUGCAGGACGGCACCACCCCUGUCUUGCUGUCGGCCACAUUUGCCGGUGACAGUCUCAUCAUGUCAGUCAGUGGGAUCAUCUUCACCUACAGUCUGGAGACGCGGCAGUGGACUAGAGCCAGUGGCAUCCCUGAUGAUGUGGACAUCACUAACGUUGCGUCUUUCCAGUGCUGUUACAAUGACACGGAGUGGUGUCAGGAGCAAGACAACUCAGUGGUGGCAUACAAUAGCCACAUCUCCUCAAAUACAGCGAUGAUUGAAUACUUCUUAUCGUCUGACCAAGGCCGGUCAUUUUCCGUCAGACACCUUCAGGUUGACUUUGACAUCAAGGAUGGAAUAUUGGGGGCCACUGUUCUUGGUUCGCUAUCGGCUCUUGCAUUCCUUGUUCAAAGAGAUGACAUGGCUGGUGCGCAGUUCGUCUACGACUGCAUAGACCCGACUGACACCAACUUGCCCAAGCCUGUAUCAUUGCCGUUUAAAGUCACGGGGAACCAGACCUCAUUUGCACAGCUGGAGAGUGGACUUGGUAGUCUGGUGAUAUGGGAUAGCAAGGACAUCUACUACAGUGCUGUGUCAGGCAAAGCUGUUGUCAAGGCCAGAGUCCAUGCCCAGGAUCCAUUGCCAGCUCUAGAUAUAGGGCAGACUGUUCAACAAGUUAUUUCCAACAAGGAUGGAGAUUUUGCAAUGCUGACAACAAAUGGUGACUUGUACUUUGGCAGAGAGGGGCUACUACCAAAGAUAGUCAAGCUGCCUCUGAGGAGCCCACUGCCUUGCCCCGACCACUCCUGUGUCGUCCGAUUCGCACAAACAACGAACAAGAUCCAGGUGCUGUAUCCAGCCGAUUCCAACGCAACGAACGUCAUCCCUCCAGCAACUAGCAAACUUCAGAUGCUGUCUGAGGAGAUCUACGUCCAACAGCGGCUGGCCAAAGUGGCGCCACCGUUGCAGGAUUGUCAGCAUCAAGGCAUUAUGGCUAGCUUCCAUGAUGAGCUAUUUUACUUGGACCUGGGUCAGACGUUGGAACUGAACGUCACCUUUAUCCCUGGUGCCUGGGAGCGUAAUAGCUACAUGGUGACCUUAUCCAAUCCUGGCAUUCUAUCAGUGAAUUCAAGCCUCCAAGAUGUAGGGCCCAUGGCGAAAGGUGUGACCACCAUGAAAUUGAUUAUAAAUGUGGCACUGGUGGCAGAUACCCUACCUGAGGGGCGAAAGGAUGAGGCACGCGGUAUGUCAACUCUGAGUGUGAGUGUGUAUGACUCCAGUUUGAUGUGCCAUCACAAGCAGCAAGCUGUAGCACGUGUCGUAGCAGGAUGUCCACCAGAUAGGAAUAUCCGAAUCAGAAAGAAUGGUGAAGAGGAGUGUGCAGGCAUGAGAGGUUACGUCUACAUUAUCUCCAAGGAUGCCUAUGACCCGACCUUUAUGCGGGGGUCAACCGGGGUCACUGCCACAGAAGACAAGGAGGUCGUGUAUGACUUUGACACACUGGGCUGCCCAUUUGUGGUGUACUACCAGGACAUGCUGAAACCCAUUGUUGAGUUAUAUGAUGGUGACACUUUUGUUGAGGAGGUGAAGGAGGAUUAUGUUCUGAAUGAAGUAAAUGGCAUGUUCACAUUUGGCUACGAAAAGACAGCUCAGGAGGCUGGUUGUAAGUCUCAACCACAGAGUUGGUUGCAGCAGCUGACAGCACAGGACUCACCUGACCCAGCAACUGCAUGGACAAGACAGAACUAUCGGAACUGCUCAGUAGAAGAUACCGUAGGAUUGAGGUAUCCUAACCAACCGUACGAAGUCCUGAGCAGUCGCAACAGCAACCAGCUGAAAUGGCUUCCUUACAAUAGUAUCCUUGUCUUCAAUGUGUCCGUGCUCGACCCUGACUAUAGCUUUUGUCAACUCCGGGGUAAGUUUGCCGUGCAAGUGUACGGCGUGCUCCCCUCCUCCACCCUGCCCCCUCUCCGUAUCAUGCUGGGCACCUGCGGCCUGGGACUAGCCGCCCUGGUGGCUGCCUACAUUGGCCAGAAAGUCUGGCCUGGAGAGAAGGAUCAAGAGGAGGAGAAGGAGAAACAAGAGGAUGAGGCGCAAGAGAUGUCGACAGCAUUAUAAGAUGGCUGUGGAGUACUGGCCCUAGUGGCAAAAUUUGGCAAGAGGAGUUGGCCAGUAAACUGGUAAGAGGGGAAAAGGAGGUAAUAACAGGGGGAGGUGGUUUGGGUAUGUGGGCGGGCAAGAUGGAAAGAAAUGGGAUAAUUUGCUAGGGAUGUCGAUCUACGUCGCAUAGCAGCAGUCAGAGCUUCCCUUUCACUCCAUACAGCUGAACAACUCAUCCACGCAUUCAUCUCAUCCAGACUAGACUUCUGCAACAGUUUACUUACAGGACUACCUCAGCAAUUAUUAAUACGCCUCCAGAGAGUCCAAAAUGCGUCUGCCCGCUUACUGACCAAAACAAGAUCAUACGAGCAUAUAACACCUUUAUUAUACAAUCUUCAUUGGCUUCCUGUUUAAUACAGAAUACAGUUCAAAAUCCUGCUCCUUACAUUCAAAGCCCUUCAUGGAUUAGCUGCAUCCUACAUACGAGACCUGUUACAACUUCGCAACCUGCGACCAGGCCUCAGAUCUUCUUCAUCACAGAUACCUUCUGUUCCCAAAACGCGCCCGGCAAGCUACGGGGUCCGGGCCUUUUCCAGCUGUGCACUGCGUCUCUGGAAUUCCUUGCCAGACGAGUUAAGGGACACAACUGAUAUGUCAUCAUUCAAACGACUCAUCUUUUCAAUCUAUCAUUUAAACCACAGUGAUUUGCUAGUGACCGGCGCCUUUGAAUGGUUCUCCAGAAACUGUGCGCCUUAUAAAUUAUCUGUUAUUAUCUGUUGUUAUGUCAUCAUCAUAAGUAACCCGGAACAUUGUGAUCUGCCCGGACAGCCUACUUAACAAGAGGGGUGCUUGAUUUAUGAAGUCACGUCUUGUGGAUGGGGAAAUGAUUUUGUUUAAAAAAAAGCACCUUCGGCCUUUUUCUGAGGUACCUUUCCAUCAGUUUCAUUUUGAGGAAAAUGUCACCCAAGCCACUACUGAGUUUUGAAAAACAUAUUUUCGAUUUGGCAGAGUGGUAUUUUGUAUUUGAAAUUAUUCUAUGUAUAUCAAAUCAAGCCUUCAGAGGUUUGCAGCAUUCAGCAAACCUCUUCAGGUUUUAAUGUUUGAACAGUUUUGAUAUUUCAGAUCUUGUAGUUUGUCACAUGUAUGAUUGUGUGUUGGUUUUAUACCAAAACAGUAUUUGUUUGAAAGUUGUAUGGAAACAGAGAUUGUUUGAGUAAAUUUAAAGGCAUUUGUUUUGAAAGAACUCAGUGGAGUUGCAGUCGCAUGUUGUGGUUGCUCAUUGUCACUUUUAAUAAAUGCUGAAGCUUUUUUUUUAGUUCUAAAAUUUGUAAGGAAUAUUUGAAUUUUGGUAGCGAGUAUUUGAAUUUGCUGUUUAAAUUGCGAAGCUUUGUAAAUUGAAUAAAUAAUUAAGCGUUAUUUCUUUCUGAUUAUUUUUGCUCAAAUUCUUUAUGACUUUCGUACGAGGACUUUGUUAUUAAAAUCGAGGCAAUUUGCCAAUUCAAGUUUUGAUAAUUGA